AUGCCUAAGCGCGGCGGCGGCGGCGGCGGGCCACGUUACAACAACAACAAUGUUGGCAAUGGCAGCGGCAGCGGCAGUGCUGGCGGCGGCGGUGGAGGAUCCCGCUUCUCCGCCCUAAAAGACUACGACGAUGCUGACGACCACCAACGCCGCAAGGAUCGCAACAAGCGUCGCGUCAGCUUCAAGACCUCACAGUUCCCGCACAAAAGCGAUGUCAAGCUGCGGCUGCAGGAUGUGCGUCGUUGGGAUGAGGAUGAUGACAUGAGCGAAAUGAUAACAACCUUAAAGGACCGUCCCAGUUCUCGACGUCGCGGUUCACCCAUUCCACGCGGCAAAUUUGGCAAACUGGUCCCCAAUGGAGCUGGCUGGUACCAAGUGACGAUACACAAUGGCCAGAUCUAUGAAAAGGAGACGCUGUUGCGUGCCUUGUUGGCGGCAAUGUCACCGCAUGUGUUUGUACCGCAGUAUUGGCGCUCGGAGCGCCAUUGUGCCGUCUUCUUUACGGAUGACUUUGAGGUGGCCGAGCGUAUACAGCAGUUGGGGCGGCAUGCACAGCUGCCGGAUGGCUUUCGGCUGAUGCCACGUGUGCGCAGCGGUGUCCCAUUGGUGACCAUCGAUGAGGAGUUCAAGGCAAAGAUGAAGGUCGUCAUGGCCAAGCGUUAUAAUGUACAAACCAAGGCGCUCGAUCUGUCCCGCUUUCAUGCCGAUCCGGAUCUGAAGCCCAUCUUUUGCCCGCUGUUUCGUGUUAACGUUAUGACAACAGCGCUGGACAUCAUUUGCGAUAAUAUUCCCGAUCUGGAGGCCAUCAAUCUCAAUGAUAACAACAUGUCCACCAUGGAAUCGUUCAAGGGCGCCGACAAGCGUUUGCCUCAUCUCAAGAUACUCUAUUUGGGUGAUAACAAGCUGCCUUCGUUGGCCCAUCUGUUGGUCUUUCGCAAUUUGCCAAUUGUGGAGCUGGUCUUGCGCAAUAAUCCGUGCCGUUUACGUUAUAAGGAUCCUCAGCAUUUUGUCAGCGAAGUACGUCGCAAGUUUCCCAAAAUUUUGAAACUGGAUGGGGAAGCCUUGCCGCCACAGGUGCAUUUCGAUUUGAACGAAUCGGCCGUCUUGCCACCAGCGAAGGCAUCCUUUUUGUGCGACAGCGCCGGCGCUGAGGUGGUUCGCCAGUUUUUGGAUCAAUACUUCAACAUAUUCGACUCGGAUAAUCGCCAGCCACUGUUAGAUGCAUACCAUGAGCAUGCCCUGCUCUCAAUGUCAAUGCCCUCGGUCAGCCAGGCGGGCAGGCUGAAUAGCUUCUGGAAAUUCAAUCGCAAUCUGCGACGCAUUGUGAGCACCGAGCGGGAAGAUUUGCGUACACGCCUGCUAAAGAGCGGCCGACUGGCCUGCGUAUCGACCUUGGAUGAGUGGCCACGCACAUUGCACGAGCGUCGCACUUUCACCGUCGAUCUGACAAUAUAUAAUCCCCAGAUGAUGGUGUUCACCGUGACGGGACUAUUCAAAGAGCUGACCGGCGAUACUAGCAGUUCGACUCCCAGCUCUAUGCAGGCCUACGAGCUGCGUCACUUUGUGCGCACAUUUGUGGUGGUGCCACAGAACUCUGGCUUUUGCAUUCGCAACGAGACAAUAUUCAUAACCAGCGCCACGGCGGAGCAGACGCGCGAAUUUAAGCGUUCGCAGCAUCAGCCAGCGCCGGGCGCUGUCAGCCUGGCUCCAAUCAGUUCGUCUAUUGCCGAUACUUCUGUACAGAACCGCCUUCAACAGGGUCAGCCCGUGGCUGGCGGCGCCGUUGCCUUGUUGUCGCCGCCAACCGCCAACAUGGCCAGCCCGGCAGCGGCAACUGCUGGCAGCACAGCCGCACCCAAUGAUGCCACAAAAAUGCAAAUGGUGCAGGCCAUGAGUGCACAGAGUCAAAUGAAUCUGGACUGGAGUCGCAAAUGCCUGGAGGAAACGAAUUGGGAUUUCAACCAUGCCGCCUUUGUGUUCGAGAAACUAUUCAAGGAGAAUAAAAUACCGCCCGAGGCCUUUGUCAAAUAAUCGGUGCCUCGAAACCCCCGCUCCCGCUGCAACAACAUCAAACAACUUCAACACAACUAUCAAAAACAAUAGCUUGAAAAUUAUAUAUAUAAAAAAAAGAAAAAGAAAAAGGACGCCAUUCUUGGCGUGCAAUUGUUUAAAUGUGUCGCCUCAACGUUUGUUUCUAAGACACAAUAAAAUUCAAAUUGUGCUAAUUUCUCACAUCUAACAUACACGUUAAGCGUUUACACUAAUCUAUUAUUUUUUUAGUAAAUUUGUUUUUCAUUUUUUCAUAAUUUAUCCAUUAGUUCUUAAGAUCGGUUUUAUGCGCGCCCUGGCAAGGGCUUGUUUCAAAGCUAAUAAUCAUAUCAUAUGAGCUAACACCACAUACAAACCUUUGUGUAUACAUAGAAUAUUAUAUAUAUAUAUAUUAUAUUAUUUUGAUACAAAGUCCUCGCCAGGGCAUCUUAAGCUCGUACACUGCAAGAAAUAAAAAACAAAUAUACACCAUCAAAACAAGCAGCAAUCAAAACCCAAUGUCUGGCGGUCAAAAUGUACAACAAAAAAUGUAAUUUCUUUAUUAGCAACUUGUACAAAAUUAUAGGGAAUCUUUGAUUAUUUACACUGAACAAAACAUUACACUGACAAUUGUAAAUUUCAGCAUCUGGCUUCUGGUCUAAAUGCUGUACACACACACACACACAUACAGAGUUUUCUUGCUAAGAUUUUCUUUAACAACUAGUUCUUGUAAGUCAAAGUGCAUUAACGGCAUUUUAUCCAUAAGUUAGUAGGAUUAACAUGACCAGACCACAAACGAUCUAGCCUGUAAGCAUAAUUUAGCUUAAGGCUCCUGUAAGCUAUAUUUAGCUUAAUAAUUUCAUAACAAUAAAUUACCUAAAAGUGCAGGUUUAUGUAAUGAA